AUGGAGGACUCCAAAUCUAUUGCCAAGGAAGACAACAUCUUCCCGAACGCCUCCGACUCCAACGUCAAGAAUUAUGAUGCUAUCCGAUGCGAAAUUAAUACCUGUCAAAUGAAUCUGAGGGAGCACCAACAGAGACUACAAACUGUCGAGCAAGACAUGGUCGAGAACUUUGCGCAGAUAGACUUAUGGCUGAAAAGAGAGCGCGAGCGCCAGGCCGAGAGACCACGCUGGACUUUCAACGACGAGAUGAAGUACCGUAGCAUUAUCAUCAAGCUAAUCAACCAGAACGAUCACACGAUUCAAGAUCUUCGACGGACCCAUUCAAGCCUCAGACUCCUCAUAGAGAGGGUCAGCAGAAUGCUACAGGAGCUUGAAAGAAAACUUGAGAAGAUGGACAAACAGCUCGAGGCAAAUCGCAACGCUGAUAUCCGGCGCUUCACAUACGUCACAGUCAUCUUCCUACCUCUGGGCUUUGCUACGGGUGUGUUCAGCAUGAGUGGCGCGCCUUCAGGCUCAACAUUGGGAAACAUGAUCAUCACAGCUGUUGCAGCUUUCUCAAUAACUGCGUUACUGAUCAUAUGCGUCACGAACCUGGAUGUUAUACGGAAGUUUUGCGAGGGAGCUGGAGAGCACGCAGUUAAUCUGAAGAACGACAUGGUGAAGUUCUUUGACGAGGCCAGGAAAAAGUGGGAGAACUACAGACUAGCUGAGAAGCCCAAUGAUGAGAAUGAAGAAGCGCAACGUGAUGAGGAUGAGAUACAACUAGUAGCAAUAAGGCCAGAGAGCAAGGGAGCUUCGAUAAGGAAUGGAAGAGAAUCAAGGGAUAGUGAAAGAAGAUCGUGGCAUAGUGAGGGAAGUGUUUACCUGCAGAUGGAACCAGUACGCAGCUCUGACAAUAUUGUUUGA